CUUUUUGACAGACAGAUGCCUAGUCUGCGAAUGCUGUAUCUUGAUAGUUUUUCUGCAUGGCCGGCACAUUAUUUUCGUGGCCUUACACAUGUUUCCUUCUGUCGCAAAUCCACCGACAUUUCGCAGUGCCCUUCCACUUUGGAGUUUCUUGACUUCUUAGAA